GAGCUGGGCUGGGUCCCGCCCCGGAAGUGGGUGGAACGUCGCACCCCGGAGUCGGGUCGCGGCGGAGGCCGGUCCUGGCUUUGUAGCUCGCUCAAGAUGGCGGCGCAGCCACCCAGCGGGAUCCGCCUCAGCGCGCUUUGCCCGAAGUUUUUACAUACAAAUUCUACUAGUCAUACUUGGCCAUUCAGUGCAGUUGCUGAAUUAAUAGAUAAUGCUUAUGAUCCUGAUGUGAAUGCUAAACAGAUAUGGAUUGACAAAACAGUGAUAAAUGACUAUAUAUGCUUGACAUUCACUGAUAAUGGGAAUGGUAUGACAUCAGAUAAGUUACACAAAAUGCUGAGCUUUGGCUUCAGUGACAAAGUCACCAUGAAUGGUCAUGUCCCAGUUGGAUUGUAUGGGAAUGGCUUCAAGUCAGGUUCUAUGCGUUUGGGUAAAGAUGCCAUCGUUUUUACCAAAAAUGGAGAAACCAUGAGUGUGGGCUUCUUGUCUCAGACCUACUUGGAAGUCAUAAAAGCAGAACAUGUUGUUGUUCCAAUAGUGGCAUUCAACAAGCACCGUCAGAUGAUUAAUUUGGCAGAAUCAAAAGCCAGCCUUGCUGCAAUUCUGGAACAUUCUCUGUUUUCUACGGAACAGAAAUUACUGGCAGAACUUGAUGCCAUUAUGGGUAAGAAGGGGACAAGGAUCAUCAUUUGGAAUCUUAGAAGCUACAAAAAUGCAACAGAGUUUGAUUUUGAAAAGGAUAAAUAUGAUAUCAGAAUUCCUGAGGAUUUAGAUGAGGCAACGGGAAAGAAAGGGUACAAGAAGCAAGAAAGAAUGGACCAAAUUGCCCCUGAGAGUGACUAUUCCUUGAGGGCUUACUGCAGUAUAUUAUAUCUAAAGCCAAGAAUGCAGAUCAUCUUACGUGGACAGAAAGUGAAGACACAGCUAGUUUCGAAGAGUCUUGCCUACAUCGAACGUGAUGUUUAUCGACCUAAAUUUUUAACUAAAACAGUGAGAAUUACUUUUGGAUUCAACUGUAGAAAUAAAGAUCAUUAUGGCAUAAUGAUGUAUCACAGAAAUAGACUCAUCAAAGCUUAUGAAAAAGUCGGAUGUCAGCUAAGGGCAAACAACAUGGGUGUUGGAGUAGUUGGAAUUAUAGAAUGUAAUUUCCUUAAGCCAACUCAUAAUAAGCAAGAUUUUGACUACACUAAUGAGUACAGACUUACAAUAACAGCACUAGGAGAAAAGCUGAAUGAUUACUGGAAUGAAAUGAAAGUGAAGAAAAAUUCAGAAUAUCCUCUAAAUUUGCCAGUUGAAGAUAUACAGAAACGUCCUGAUCAAACAUGGGUUCAAUGUGAUUCCUGUCUAAAGUGGCGAAAAUUACCAGAUGGGAUAGAUCAACUUCCAGAAAAAUGGUAUUGCUCCAAUAACCCUGACCCACAGUUCAGAAACUGUGAAGUUCCAGAAGAACCCGAGGAUGAAGAUUUGGUACAUCCCACUUAUGAAAAAACCUACAAGAAGAACAACAAAGAAAAAUUCAGAAUCAAACAACCAGAAGUGAUCCCACGGAUUAAUACUGAACUGUUUCGGACAACCCCUAUUUCAAGUCAGAGCUUUUCUCCUAUGAGGGAAAGCAUUCCAAGAGGACAUCAUUCAGAAGUGACAAAUUCCUAUCCAACAAGACCUAUAAAUAAUCAUCGGGUUUCACCUCAGUCUGAACCUGAGAGCAACAGGGAUGCACAACACACUGCCCAAAGAGCAAACCUGUACAGAUCGCCCUCCAGCCUAAAACGGAGACUUUCUACUCGUUCCUCAAUUUUGAAUGCAAAGAAUCGGAGAUUAAGUAAUCAAGCAUUUGAAAACUCAACUCAUAAAGAUGAUGAUGAUGAUGAUGAAGAUGUGAUCAUCUUAGAAGAAAACAGUACUCCCAAACCUGCAGUAGAUCAUGAUAUUGAAGUUAAACCAGAACAGAGUCACACUGAACAAAGUGGUGUUCAUGUUGAGCUUGUGGGCAGUGCUAAAUCUUGUGGCCACACUAGUUCAACAAGCACUGCGUCACCCAGGUGUGAUCAGGGCACUACUGCAGCCACCCAGACAGAAGCACCAAAUGUAGUUGUUAAAAAGGAAGAAAUUAUCGAAGAUGAGAUAGAUGUAAGAAAUGAUAUAGCAAUACUGCCCUCCUGCGUACAUGCUGAAGGAAAGAUACAGGAAGCCCAGGAAACCUUUGCUAAGGCUGCAGAUGAUGUUGGCUGCCAGUUACAAGAGCUGAGAAAUGAACUACUUUUAGUCACACAAGAAAAAGACAAUUAUAAGAGACAGUGUCAUAUGUUUACUGACCAAAUCAAAGUAUUACAACAGAGAAUAGUAGAAAUGAAUGACAAAUACGUAAAGAAGGAAACUUGCCAUCAGUCUACUGAAACUGAUAAUGUAUUUUUUCUUGAGAGUAUUAAUGGCACAUCUGAAAGUCCAGACCAUGUGAUAUCUCAGUAUCGGCAAGCUUUGGAAGAAAUAGAAAGGCUGAAAAAACAGUGUAGUGCUUUGCAACAUGUAAAGGCUGAAUGUAGUCAGUGUUCUAAUAGUGAGAGUAAAAGUGAAAUGGAUGAAAUGGCUGUGCAGCUUGACAGUGUGUUUAGACAACUGGACAAAUGCAGUGUUGAGAGGGACCAGUACAAAAGUGAGGUUGAAUUAUUAGAAAUGGAAAAAUCACAGAUUCGUUCUCAGUGUGAAGAACUCAAAACUGAAAUUGAACAGUUAAAAUCUGCAAGUCCUGUGAGAGGAACAGAUGUUUCAACUUCAAGUAAUAUUGAGGAGUCUGUAAAUUACACAGAUGGGGAAAGCCUCAAACUUCGAUCUCUUCGAGUUAAUGUGGGACAGCUGCUGGCCAUGAUUGUACCUGAUCUUGAUCUUCAGCAAGUGAAUUAUGAUGUUGAUGUAGUUGAUGAGAUUUUAGGGCAAGUUGUUGAACAAAUGAGUGAAAUCAGUAGUACUUAAAGUAUGUAUCAUGAAUUAAUAAAAUACUUGCUCAGUUCUUUGGAUUGUAUGGCUUUCAAAAUAUAAACAGUUUCAUUCUAUAAUUUCGAUAGGUAACAGACUGAAGAACCAUUAUUUUACUGUAUUCUAUGCAUUCAAGUGUGAUCACAGAUAUUGUGGACACAGUUCCAUCUUUUGAAAUACCUGUGAAUUAUUGGUAUUGAGCAGCUGAAUAGCUAACUUAUGACUUUGUGUUGAAUGUAAAUAUUUGAAUGUAAAUAUUAGGCCCAUACAUAUUUUUUUAUUCUCCUAAAAUAUGUGAUUUUCACCAAGAGCUUUUCAGGUUGCCCCCAAGCUUUGUGCAAUUUUUUCUGGUUGCCAAAAGUGUAUUUUUCUUGGAAUUGAGGGCUGUACCAUGGUAUAAAUGAAAAUGCUACUACCUUUGAUUUUCUUAUAAAGGAGUUUAAAUAAUUUUUAAAUAAUGUAAAAGCACUCCUGAUUACAAUCUGGUUACAAGGGAAUGAGUAUUAGUGUUUCUUUUCUAUAAAUUCCUAUCUCCUGACACAUUAUUUAUGAAAAUGUGAUAAGCAAAAACUGACUCCAUUUGUCAGGGUUUUUCUUGUGUUGAGAUUGCCAAUCAUGAUUAAACACAAAGUGUUUUUAUAGAACAAAAAACAACCUUUAGUAUAAAGUAUUGAAAAUAUUAAAUAACCACCAAGUUUACUUUUGAAGCCCAUUUUUAGCUGUUUAGUCAGUAUGGAGUGGGCACAAUAAUUAUUUAAUAUUUCUUUUUGUGAAAUUUCCUGUACAGCCUUUUGUAAGAUUAUUGCAGGUUAAUAUGAGUUGAGGAAGACAAUCUUUCUCGGCAAUUCUGCAGACCUUUUAUUAUAUUACAAAUCUAAGUAUUUUGUAUCCUGGAGUUAAGGACAAACUGCCCUAGGAUGAUAGUAUUACAUGCCAUAAAAUAUGCUUUAUUGGUUCCAUGUUUUGUGCAAUCUUAAAGAGAUGGCUUUUUAUUAAGUGUAUAUCUAUGUAUAUAUAAUUAAAAAUCAUAUUUUCAACAACUAAGAUAGGCAUUAUUUUUUCCAAAGUUUUAUCAUUACUAUUUAUUUUUACUUUUGUUUCUGAAAAUUCAAUACAUGUUCAUUUUGUAUGUAUGCUUAAUUACAUGUCUCUCAUAUAAUAUUGGAUUUCUAUUGUAUUAUUUCCUUCUUUUCCUUCUGAAAAGAGCAAAUAAAUGAAGAUUGUUUUUAUUUGCUUGAUAAAGUAAUUGAAAGUGUAUUUUUGGUAUGAAACUGGUUUUCUGUCUCAAUUGUAA